AUGUCUUCAAAAAAACUGAUAACUCUCAAGACUAGCGAUGAUGAGGAGUUCAAACUCGAUGAGGCUAUAGUUCUGAGGUCAGAAGUCAUCAAGAACAUAGUACAAGACGUGGAUUGUACUUCUAAUGCCAUCCCCUUGUUUAAUGUUGAUGGCAAAACAAUGACGACAAUGGUUAAAUACUGGAAGAAGCAUUUGGAGGAAGGUGUUACGGAAUAUCAAUAUAUUGAUGAUAAGCAGUUGAAGAAGGUAAUAAUCCAAGAAUUUGUUGAUAGGAUCACGGGGAAAACACUACAAGAAAUACGAGAAGUAUAUGGUUUCGUGAAGGAUUAUACUCCACAGGAAGAGGAGGAUGUUCGUAGAGAGUAUGCUUGGGCUUUUGAAUGA